ACAUGUUCUUGUAACUCGUACAUACCGUGCUAUUUUUUACAGUUGUGUUACAGUUUAUUAAUUAUACAAAAAGGCUAUAAAUAUAAAAAUCAAACAGAGAACUUGAACAAAAACAUUAUUUUCACUGGAAAUCCUCUGAGCUCAUGCAAACUUACUCCUAAACGCCACGACUAAAUAAGUCGUCUGCUUACGUUGAAUAUUAACCAUGCGAACACUAAUCCUAACGGCCUGGCUAGCCUUAGCAUUGGGGACAACAUUAACGUUGAGCCAUCAAAUUCCGGUUAAAAAUGGAGUUAAAUGUUCUACGGCUUGUACAGGAGGGCCUACUUCAAGCACAUCUCCGCAAUUUGAACCAUAUACCGCUUAUGUCUACGACUUUGGUGGUAAAACGACAAUCGUUGCCCCAACUAGUAGCAAAGAAGGAACAUCGAAGAUUCUGAUCAAAGGAAAAGUUCAAAUCGUCAGCUUGCCGAACUGCGGGGCACUGCUUUCUUUGCAUAGCAUCGAAGUUAAAGAAGGAACUAAGGUGUACAGUGAUACGAAUUUGGAAGGAUCUCCGGUGUUAUUUUCCUAUAACAACGGAGUGGUCGGCUCGGAAAUUUGUGCUUCAGACGAUGAAGCGGUGGCUUCUCUAAACAUUAAACGAGGAAUAAUCUCUUCUCUUCAGGUGUCAACAAUGCAAAACUCCGAUUCGUCAACGACUAUGGAGACUGACAUCCUCGGGACUUGCGGCACUAGUUACACGAUGUCUUCGAAAUCUGGAAAACUGGCGGUAUUGAAGAAGAAAGAUUUCACCAAGUGCACCGAACACGAAUUCGUUACGCUUUCUGUUCUGUCGAAUGUCCGGUCGAAUCAAAAUUUUCUUCAGAGUUCCCCGUUCUCCAAAGCCGAACUCAAGUCGGAAAUCAUAAUCGAUGACCAAACCAUCAUUACGGUCGCCAUCGAUGAGAUCUAUCACUACCAACCACUGAGCUACUCGGAUUCGGUCACAACAGUCACGGUCAACACUAGAAUGGUGUUUAAAAAGAAAUUCCCGGAUACCGCGCAGUCCCAAGUAAAUCAUAAUUUGCCAACCAUUCCUCGAUCAAUAAUUUUCGAAAAACCUACUCCUAAUGCGGGAGCAACCGACGCCGAAUCCUUGGUCACAGCCACUAGGAUGGCCACGGCUAAUAUUGAACCAGUGGUCAGCAUGGGCGGAUCUAAAUCGUUUUAUGACUUAAUAACGCUGUUAAAGGCAGCAGAUAAGAACGAUAUACUCUUAGCGUUUUCCCACAUCAAGAGUGGGGCCGGAAUCGAUAACGCGGAAGUAGCCAAAUCCAUUUUUGUCGACGCUUUGAUACGUGCCAACAGCGGUAAUUGUAUCGCAGCCGUAGCUACUUUGGUGAAAAACAAAGAAAUUAGCAACCUAUUAGCAGCGGCUUGGUUCAUGAACCUGGCUAAUUCCAAAAGCCCUUCGCUGGACUCUCUGGUCGCUGCUUCGGAUUUACUUGACGAACACGUGCCGAAAGAGGCUUAUUUAGGAAUUGGAUUUAUGAUUGGCAAUUACUUGGCAGAUAAACCAACGGAUUACAAAAAACCCGAAAUAGAUAAAGCUCUGGAGAACCUGGCCGCUCCUUUGAAGCAUCUGUACGGAGGUGCAGACGAGGAUAUGGUGAUUGCUAGUUUGAAAGGUAUCGGGAACGUAAAUUACUUGAACGACGAUUUGGCUGAAUUCAUAGCUCAAGUCAUAAUGAAUGACCAUAUUCAACCCAGGAUCCGGGUGGCACUGUUAGACAUGGUCAAGAAGUACGCUCAAAAUCCCAAGAUUCAAGAAGCGUGCAAUAUUGUGUUCGCGGAUAAGUCAGAGGACUCUGAAAUAAGAAUUAAAUCAUUUUUGGUAUAUGCCAUGUAUCCGACGUCGGAAAAGGCUUCAAUCAUAAAGCACGUGCUCAUCAGUAAAGUCACUAGCAAUCAAAUUCGAGCAUAUCUAUACAGCUAUUUGAAUAACCUCCAGUCUACUAAGGAUAUCAAUAAGUUGGAUCAGAAAUCUUUAUACGAAGGAAUCAUCUAUGGAUUGAAGAAAAACGAAUUGAACAAUCCCCUACGUUAUUCGAAAAAUUUCGAUUUUUCUCACGAAUCUCUUUUAUUAAAAAGUGGAUUCGUGGCCGGUGGUGAUGUCAUAUACUCAUACAAAGAAUUUGUCCCUCGCUCUACUUCGAUUACACUGAAAACCACUCUGUUUGGACGCAAUUAUGAUCUAUUUGAGGUAGACUACCGAGCCGAAAACACAGAACAAAUUCUAGAAUCGUUAUUUGGACCCAGAGGGUAUAUAACCAAGAACAAGGCGUAUUUGUUUAAUGAUGCGGCAAGUUUUACUCGGAAUGCUAUAGACUAUGCUAAAUAUAGAGCAGCUAAUAGAGAUUUCGAAUCAAAGAGCACUGACAUACCAACUGAAAUAAAUGAAAGUAGAGUCAAUAUAGAUUUGGCAUUGAAAAUAAUGGGAAAUGAUGCUGGUUGGUUUGCGUUCCAUGCACAGGAUAGUCAAGUCACCUAUCAGGAUGUAAUUGACGCCUUAUACCAAACAUUUGACGAUUCUGUUGAUUCAGUAAAAGACGCAGCACACAUUAAAGAUUUAAAUAUUAGAAAAUUUAUUCCAUUGAUAGACAACAGAAGGUCAUAUGCUACAAUGACUGGAUUUUCAAUUAAUUUAGAAAUUCAAGCGAGUUCGGCAAUCAAACUGAGUAUGAAUAAAGAGUUUGAUAUAGAAAACUACCUAAGUAAUCCACAGAAUGCGAAUCUUGCUUUUAAAUUUAUGCCAAGUGGAUCAGUGGACUUAUUAUCAAAGUUAACUGUUGAUGGUUACAUCGUUGAGGUUGGUAAUAAAAUUAUGGCAUCAGCGCAUACUUCUACCGGAUCCAGUUUUUAUGUUAAAUCGGUCAAAGGACGUGGCUUUGAAAUGAGUAUCGGUCUUCCUUUAAAAGAGAUGGACUUACUAUCAGUCAAUUCAGAAGCCUUUGCUAUACUACAGGAACAAAAUAGCUUACCCAAGAAUACACUUAUUACAACCGAUACUGAGCGAAAUACCUAUAGUAGAAGCAUAGAUGAGUUUGCAGAUUUGACAGGAUUAUCACUAGAUUUUAGUUACAGUUUUCCCCGGAACGAAAAUUACAAACUAUAUACACCAUAUGACGGCCCAGCUGAAAUAUCAAUAAAAAUAAAAAAAUUCGAUGAAAGCAUGAUGAACUACGUCUUAAGAGGUUCUUAUAGUGACAUAUCGUCGAGUAAAAAAUCCAUUAAACUAUUUUUUACUACCCCAAAAUCGGAAGUUGAUCGCGAUGUACUGUUAACACUUCUCUAUGACAUUCAGACAAACGCAAUGUUUGCAGCUCAGCUCAUGACUUCGUCAAAAAAAAUUAGCUUAGGGGUACAGUUGACAAACAGUGACAGUCAGAAGUCGAUUGAGCUAAAAUAUUCAGGAGAUUCUCAACAUACGAUCACUCUAGGCGUUAAAGGUGUAAAAGACGGUGAUACUAAAACGAGAUACUUCCCACUUUUAAAAGCCGAAUACGUCGACAGCGGGAAUACGGAACCUCAAAUGUAUUUGCCCAACAUGACUAUCGAAGGAGACUUGCUCGUAGAAGAAAGUCUUAAUUCCCAACGAAGAGAAUUCACGUUUGAAGACAUGGCCAUUGUCACUCCAGUAGGUAGACGUUCAAUACAAGGUUCAAUAAUUGUCGACGAAAAUAAGUUUGGCACAGACAUGCAUGUGUCCACUGGUACCUAUAAUAUAUCAACACAGGCCAUGAUCUAUGUUGAUCAUCCCGUUUAUGAACUUAAAUUCAAUUUAGAUGUGGUUCAAAAAUCACAGUCAAGCUCUCAAUUGCGAAGUUAUAAUCCAUCCCCUCUAGUGUUCUUAUCGAAUUCGAUAAAAAAAAUAAAAAUAAAUUCCUUUCAAUCACUGAGGUUGGACGAACCGUACGCGUUCAAGAGCAACAACUAUAUCGAAAUAAAUGACGAUUCCAGCGAAUUGAACGCCAAUAUUUUAAUCAAAGACGAGCAGCUCAGCAUGGAUGGAAAUAUACAAUCUACCAAUUUGCUCGACUAUCAAGUAGACGGACAGAUGAAAGUAGUGCCGAGAAGCUUAAAUUCAGGAAUUAUCCUGGAAGGGUCUUUGUCUCAUGUAAAUAACAAUGAUGCUACGGAUAAUGGUCGCGGUAAGAUAUCAUUUGUUGAAAGUCCUGAUAAAAGGCAUGGACUUUUUGAACUCGAUUCACAAUGUCCAAACCUCGCUGGAGUGUUUAACAUUCUCUCGGAAUACAAAAUAACAGACGACAGUCUUAAUCUUAAAUCUAGAGUACAUGUUCGCGACGACACAAAAUUCAAUGCAGAACUGGACCUUCAACUGCGGAGCAUUAAAGUGGACAUAUCUUACAAUGCACCGGGUAGUGAAACUGCGGUGUUAGUACGUGGUUUGUCUAAAACACCCAAUUCUGUGGAAUUUGAAACAAAAAUAAUCUGGCCCGCUCCCGAAGAUAUAAAUUACUUUGUGUCGAACGGAGCCAUAAAAAUAAAUGGACUCGACUGUGAAAUCAGCGGUUAUCUGGAUUAUCCACUUGCAGACCUGAGAAGAAUAACAUUCAACUUGCGAAGUAUACCCAACGCUGGUUCUAGUACCGAUGGAGAGGUUAAUUUCGAGUGUAUUUCUAACGACAUACUAAUACUUUCUGGAAUAUUCAACUAUAAACUUGCUAAUGAAAAUGGGCAAGUGCACAUAAGAGGUGAUGGUUUGAUUACCGAUUCCUUAGAUAACAGUUUAGCCGCAGAUUUUGGAGUAGAUAUUGUAAACUAUAUAGAUAAAAUGAACAAUCAAGGAACAGAGAUGUCUUACUUCUUUAUUGUACCCAACAAAAAUAAAAGUGACAUGCGAUCCUAUCGACGACAAUUGCGAGUUACUAAACGAGAGUUUAGCUACGAACAAUUGUAUCAAAUAGGCAACCAAAAUGAAAUCAUUACAAUUGAUUUCGAAUACGAUUUCGAAGAUUUGUUGAACAUGUCUUAUAAGUUAACAGCGAAAAUCGAUACUCCUAGUAUAUUCCAUACGCUCCUCGAUGACAAACACAAUAAAGCAGAUUUGCUUUCAACUAUGACGAUCAACAAAAGCUUGUUUGAAAAACAAUGUUUGGUUAAGGUUUAUUCCAUUGACGGUAAUGAUUUGGUGUAUGAAUUGAAACUCAGAAUGGACUCGACAAAAGCAGGUUUAAAAUUGAUGAGAGGCCAAAGGAGUAUUGUGGCCGCUGUACAAUAUGAUCUGAAACCUACAGAUGGUGGAUAUACGGGUUCGAUAUCGGCAAUACUGUGGCUAGAUCGUAUUAGGUUGCCAAAUUCUAAGUCUAGUUUAUCUAUGGAUGGACAAUAUUCGAUGGAAAGAGGAUUGUCCGGAAGUGGAACGUUGCGUUUUACUAGUCCGGCCAUUGGUCCAAAAGAUAUGUCAAUAAACACUUCUUUUGACGUUCUGAAAAACUGGGAAAAAUUAUUUGACAUAUUGUUAGACCUAAAUAUUUUCCCCACAGUAGAACAAAGAGUAACAGUGACUUCAAGUCUGGUGCGUACACCGGAAGACGGCGGAGUUAGAUACACUGCCUUACUAACAGCCCAAAGCCCCGGAAUGAAAAUGGACUAUGGUUUUAAAGAAAGUAUAUUAAUUACACCUAAGAAAUGGGGAAAUUACAUAGAAAGUUACUUCAUCGACUACAAUAACGAAAAAAGACCCAUUCGCAUAGUGUUUGAGAUCACACCAGGAACUUUUAACAAUGAAAUAAACAUUCUUGAUAUUGCUAGGCUUAGUGCAAAAACAUUGUUCGACAUUAAAGAUGGUGUUUUACGAGCAAAGUCUACUAUAAAUUAUAACGAACACUUGUACAAACUCGGCUUGGAAUUUACCACUACUCCUGACAUCACUUUAACACUGGAAUGGAAUGAUAGAGCGGGAAAUCUCGAAAGACUGGUGGUAAUAGCUUCCGCUACUUUAGACGAUUCGGCUGUUGUUAGUGGUACUCUGUAUAAGGCCAAUAGCAAUGAGCCAACGUCCGUGGGUUAUAUAAAGAAAUCACUAUCACAAGAUAAUUGGCUAGAAACUGAAAAUGGAUUGGACAGUCAACAAGUCGCAUACAUAAUGAAAGCGUUGAAAACAGAUUGCUUUGGGCGGGUUGUCGAUAUGCGCAAUAACUUGAAAAGUAUAGAAAAAUUACUCAACAAUCAGUUUGAAUAUCAGAUGUCUGAUAAUAGAAAUCUUGAUCUCCAGUUUCAACAAGUGGACAAAUAUAUCAAUGAUCAAUACAGUUUGAUAAAUGGAGAAAUAAGCGAAGACGUGUAUUUAAAUUCGUUGCCUACUUUAUGCAAGAAUUUGGCUCGUGCUUUGCUCUUCGAUCUGGUUGACCUCAUCAAAUUCAGUAAUAUUAUCGAAAUACUAAGCGAACAACUGGAAAAACUGGAAGACUACUUACAUCAAGCGUACGACGAAGCCUUUAUUAGUUUAGGGAAAUUAGGUCCUAAAUUGAGGGACAUAUACAAUACGAAGAUUGACGAAUUGAAAAAUUGUAUUAACGCUAUAAUUUCUGAAAUUCAUCAUCUAAUUGAUACACCAGGCGAAUCGUUGUCAUCCGUAAGAGACUACGUCUACGAUCUUGUAAGUGAUACUGAAGACAGCAUUAAAACGAUCCGCAAUGCUUUGGAAAAAUUAAAACAAAUGGUGGAGGAUUACAUUAAACAGUUGCCAUCGUAUGCUGUAAUCCGUGACCAUAUUGAAUUGCUCAAAUCGUAUCCGUUGAAAGAGAAUGUUUGGAAUUGGCUACACAAUUACUUGCUCCGACUCAGAGCUUCGGCUACCUCCAAAGACGUGGCCGAUCUAAUUACUGCAGUUGACAGUUAUUUAGAUAAGAUAUUCCACUCGGGACUAGACAAUACCGAAACAGACGUAGAUAUGAUCAAAGACAAGAGUCAUGCCGUCAUGAGAGAGAUAGUCAACAAUUACCAAAAAUACUUAACUUAUGACAGAGCAAUGGCUGUUACCGAUAUUUUAAGAAAUAUCGAAAACUGUAUAAAAAAAACGUCGCGUUAUAUUGGAUCGAAUUCCGCUGAAUUGCCAGGCAUCUUGUAUGUAUGGUUCGACUUCACAAAAUUCUUGGAAUCUUACAACAAUUUGAUUAAUCCAAUUUACUUGAUACCGCCGUUCUUAGCUAAAGCUUCGAUUAUCGACUCUAACAACGUGGUCACCAUAAACGGCGUUCCAUACAGUUUCAUACCGAACUCCGGUUCUUAUGUACUCGCCAAAGAUUUCAAAGACUUAAAUUUCUCUAUAGUCGGUAAUUACGAAAACAGUGAACUUUUGUCGGUCACUGUGUCUAUUGAUAACAGCCAGACAUUGGUUUUACUUGCCGGAGGACAAAUAACCGUGAACGACGAAGUCGUCGACUUCCCGUCGAUGGACAAUGAAGUUCGGACUUUUAAGGAUUUUGACACUUUCGGCGUUAAACUGUCGGCCGGUGUAGACAUUACUUGUGUCCUAGAUCUGAGUGUCGUUCUGGUGUCUAUCAACGGUUACUACCAUAAUCAUGUCCGCGGUAUUUUAGGUUCCAUUAAUCAAGAACCGACAUUGGACUAUACUAUGACUAAUGGCCAGGUUGCCAGAGACUUGGAAAUGUUUGUGUCAGAGUACCAAAUACAGGGCAAGGACUCUCCUGAAGCUGUCGAAACAAAUUACGAAGACCAACUCCCGUGUCCAAGUCUGUUUUCCGGGUCAUCCUCUUUAAGACCCGCUUUCUGGAGUGUAUCGUCGAUUGCGUAUCGGGCGACUUGUAACCAAUUGGUAUCUGUCGUUGAAUCUCCACAGGACAAAAUGAAAAUGGCUUGUUUAGUAGCCAAAGCUUAUAUAAUGUUAGCCAGAGAUAACUAUCAACCAGUUUCUAUACCCCAGAUAUGCCAGACAAGUAAACUCAACAAAAGGACAUUGGAUUCCAAUAAUCAGAUCGAAAUAGAUGGACCUUUCAACAGCGUGGACGUCAUUGUCUUGUUCGAAAAGGUUAUAGAAAAUCAAGAAAUAUUUUUACAAUUUUUGAUCCCCUUAAUACAACGUCUUAAGCAAGAUUUCAAAAGCAAAGGAAUUACGGACAUGAGAUUUGUGGGCAUUGGAUUUUCUGACUACCUUUUAAAUCCUGAUAUGACAGUUUAUAUGUCAGGCGACGAAUACAACAGAGACUUCAGUUAUGUGACAUUCGAUUGGUCUGAUUGUUUGUACAAUCAACAACUAGAUAAAGACAAACAAGAAAUAACCCGUGAAAUUGUGCACUUUAUUCAAAACGCCUUAGGCCGAAACUCAAUGGAAAAUGCAUUUAAGUAUGCGGUAAACUAUCCAAUUCGCCCUACUGCUAAUAAAAUUAUUUUAGCUGCUAUGCAAUCUCUUCACUUCAAUAACGUUUUGAAUACUUUGGACCUAUCAUUGUAUUCGACCAAAUUGAUGACGUUGGAUUUAGUAGAACAGGGUACCAAAGCUUAUUGGAUUGGACCAAUGUACAUACAAGAUGCUAACAACGAAGGCAUAUUUGGAUUAAGCGGCGAUACAGUUUACAGCACGAGUGUCCCGACAGGCCAGCAAACGAAAACCCCCAUUUCUUACAAAAAAUCUUUGGAAACAGGAGUUGCGUCAACGACGGGAGGAGCCAUGUUUGAUUCAGAAGCAUUCCGUAACGCUUCAGCAGAAAAAAGAGACAUAAUUAUGCGUUCCCUAUCGAAAGUCAUAGUAGAUAAGGCAUCGAUAGAUUCUAAAACACGAAAAACCUGCACCAACGCCUUGUACAACGGAAUGACAUCAUAUCCAAAAUGCACUGUCCUUAACUAAAGUAUCGCUAAAUUUGACUAGAUUUCUAUAAAGGUACCACUGUGAACUUUGAAAAUCAACUAAUACCACUUAAAAAAGUACAUAUACUAUUAGUGUUGAAAUGGCCACACUAUAAACUAUAGAAAUUAUUGUUUAAAGCUUAAUAAUAAAAUAAUGCAUUGAAACGCAGUACAAAUGUUUUUUGU